AUGUCGAGUCAGGAUGGACAGGUCCAGCAUCCUGUCGGCAGGAAACAUGUGCCGCGCGGCCCGCCCCCUGCUCCGGGCCGCCAGCGCCCGCCAACACCCGCCGCGGCAGCAGGGCCAAUGCGGCGCGGGGGGCGGGCUGCGGGGCGGGGAUUGUUUACGUCUCGUUCGGGAGCUGAAAGUAGGUCACGGCCGCCCGGCGGAACGCGGCGGCGGCGACAGAUCCUGUCCACCAUGGCCAGGCGUCCUCGCAGCAGCACAGCUUGGCAUUUCGUCCUGAGUGCAGCCCGCCGAGAUGCGGAUGCCCGGGCCGUGGCUCUGGCGGGGAGCGCUAGCUGGGGCUACGACUCAGAUGGGCAGCACAGUGACUCUGACUCGGACCCUGAGUCCUCGGCCCUGCCGCCACCCAUCCCCAGCGCCGUGCCCGUGACCGGGGAGUCCUUCUGUGACUGUGACAGUCCGAGUGAGGGCUCCUUCUGCAACAGCCUGCACGUGGCACACCGGGGCAAGGAUUGUCGCUGCGGCGAGGAAGAUGAGCAUUUUGACUGGGUGUGGGAUGACCUGAAUAAGUCUUCCGCCACCCUGCUGAGCUGUGACAACCGCAAGGUCAACUUCCACACGGAGUACAGCUGCGGCACGGCGGCCAUCCGGGGCACCAAGGAGCUGGGGGAGGGCCAGCAUUUCUGGGAGAUCAAGAUGACCUCUCCCGUCUAUGGCACCGACAUGAUGGUGGGCAUCGGGACAUCAGACGUGGAUCUGGACAAGUAUCACCACACAUUCUGCAGCCUGCUCGGCAGGGACGAGGACAGCUGGGGCCUCUCCUAUACGGGGCUCCUCCACCACAAGGGCGACAAGAUGAGCUUCUCGUCGAGAUUCGGCCAGGGCUCCAUCAUUGGUGUGCACCUGGACACCUGGCACGGCACGUUGACCUUCUUCAAGAACAGGAAGCGCAUAGGCGUGGCGGCCACCAAGCUGCAGAACAAGAAGUUCUACCCGAUGGUGUGCUCCACCGCGGCCAAGAGCAGCAUGAAGGUGAUCCGCUCGUGCGCCAGCGUCACGUCCCUGCAGUUCCUGUGCUGCUACCGCCUGCGCCAGCUGCGGCCCGACUCCGGGGACACGCUGGAGGGUCUGCCCCUGCCGCCCGGCCUGAAGCAGGUGCUGCGCCACAAGCUCGGCUGGGUCCUGAGCAUGAGCUGUGGCCGCCACAAGCCCCCCGCGCCCUCGCCCAAGGCCGAUCCCAGCGGCCCUGAGACCCGGCGCUGCCAGAGGAAGCGCUGCCGACGGACCUAACUUGUUUCCCAACGAACACUGCUUUUCCGGGCCGAGGCGGCGCGUUCUCCGCCCCUCCCUCUUGGGCCACGCUCCAGGGCAGCAGACAGGACGGAGCUGAGGUCCGUCCCUCUGCCACCCGAGGCUGGGACAGGCCCUGCGCUCCUGAAAGCAGAGCCGUCCAAGGGCGCCUGCUUCCUGCGUUGGGUGUGGGGGCGGCCGUCCUGGCUCUUCAGGACUGACCGCGGGCCCGGGCGGCUGUUGCGGGCUGCGGAGGACACACAUCAGAGGCGGCACCGCGGCUGCCGCCAGCCGGGGCUCGCUCUUAACUUGCCUUUUGCAUGUCGUCAGCUGCUGUUGCUCCCGUCCCAGGCUGAAAUGACCCUAAUAAACUCGGCGUUUGGGCAA